AUGAAUGUCUCUUGUCAGUGCGGCGCUAUUCAGAUGACGGCUUCGCGCCCCGAGCCCAUCGACGUCUACUGCUGCCACUGCCUCGAAUGUCAGAAGCAGUCCGCUUCGGCUUUUGGCACGUCAGCCAUCUUCCCUGCCGAAGGCAUGUGGCCGCUCCCCGACGAGGUCCGGUCCCGCCUCGGCCUCUGGACACGUCCCGCCGAUUCGGGCAACACGGUCGAGUGUUACUUUUGCAAGACUUGCGGUGUGAGGGUUAUCCAUCGGAGCAUCUUGCCUGAUGGAAACCCCAAGCCCACGCUGAGUGUCAAGGGUGGGUUGGUGGAGGGGUUGAAGUGGGAUGCGCCGAAGCAUAUUUUUACUCGGACUGCUCGAGUGCCUUUUCCUGAGGGAAGCGAUCCUGGAUCUCCAACGUCUCACCCAGGUAUGAAGAAGGAUUAG